AUGGAGUCGACUUUCCAGUCGGUGCAAGUGAAGCAGGCUUGGGAUUCCGUCCCUCUGGUGCAAGAGGCCCAGUCUCCUCUGCUCCCCAGCUUCUUGGAAGACCGAGAACCCAGGACUCUUCCUUUGUAUCCGGUCCUUGGCGUGUUCCCAGCCUACGGUGGUGGUGACUACCAGGAACAACCGCUUGUAGUUUGGAUCGGUGACUUCGCAGGAAUCUAUCCCAGGACCGACACUUGCAGGAUCCAGAGCACCUCGGAGCCCAGCAUUCCUGAUUCCGUGAGCGCCGUCCAUGAGAAACAGGUGGAUAAACCCGCGACUCCGGGAACUUGGGAGGACCCUGCAGAAGAAUCAUUCACUGUGGCCUGCAGUCGGUCCUGUUUCAGAGCGCCCCACCGUGGCGACGAAACACACCACACAGAGACUGCUGCCUGCUCCCUGGCUGCUGCCCGCCGGCCUUUGGCAGCAGGAAGCCUUAGGGAGCAGCAGGUGCCUUUCUGGCGUUUUAGGGCGAAGUCUGUGCCAAAGAGGAUCUGUGUGACUAUGACUGAGCCUCUCCAUUCUCUGCAGCCCGCUAUCUUCAGUGCAACCCCAUGCUUCCACAAUAAGAGACACAGAGAUUGGCCUUCGAUGCAUGCUCUUGGUCCAGCGACAAGCAGCCAAAGACAGAGGUCUGAUGGCUUCUCACUGUCACUGUCCUGGUUUUACCCCAGCCUUGUGGUCCUUGUGGUUAAGUCUAUGAUUACUGCACCCUCAGGCUUUUCCCUAUCAACAGGGGAGCAGGAGCCAAUGAAAGAGUCCUAA